CUGGAGGAAGGUUCUCAGAGCGCUUCAGUUCCGGGGGCAGCUGUGCAGCCGGAGCGGCGAUGAUCCCUAUCCCGGUGGCGGUGUGCGUGCUCGGCGGCUGGUGCGUCAUCUACUUGGCCGACACGCUGCUGAAGGUGCCUGACCCAGGUGGAGCCUGGUGCCUUCCAUCAGAUGCCCUGGAACUGGCUGCAGGGUUACCAGAUUCCCAGUGGAAAAGAAGAGGAUGCCUAUCAGCGAUGGGGCCAGUGAUAUGCCCGUGGCUGACCCUCACUCCCACACCACAGCCCCCCCUCAGCCCUGCUGCUGCCUCUCACUCCUGACCUGCAGUGCCCCACCCCCCCAGACCUGGCACCUGGUGCCCCUCACUCCCAACCUGCAGCCAGCUUCCCUUCCCCCAUCCCUGUUGAUACCCCACCACUCCCAACCCACAGCGCUUUGGCAUUUUCUGUGUUGCCUGCUCCUGACACACAGCCUUCCCUCCCCCCCCCAGUGCACCACACUGCCCUGCCACAGCCUUGCCAGUGUCCCUCACUCCCGACCUGCUGCCCCCUGCCUUGCAGUGUCUCCCAGCUGCCACCCCCCGCGAGCACAAGCACUGGCCCCAGUGCCACCAACCAGGCUACGCUGCCCUCGAAGGGGCUUCUGAUCCUUUCCCCCACUGGAGGGGUAGGCGCCUCCUGUGUUUUCUCCGCCCUCAGCUCUGUGUGCGCCCUGCCUCCAGUCAUCCUUCCCCCCCCUACUCCUGCUCCACCCAAUGCCAAGCAGCGCCUUGACAGGGCAAGCUGGGAAGUGCCAGGAAAAACUUCAGUGCUGAGCAGAGACAGAGCAAAAUCUCAGACAAUUGUUGAUAUUGUAAAAAACUGCCCAGAUGGAGGUGUGGGAGGACCCAAAAAGGGGACAUGUUUGGGAAAACCCAGGCGAAUGGUAACCCUAACUGACUUGCUUCUCUGGCUUUCAAGGCUUUCAGUGGCUGCUGCAGGGGAAGGUGCAGUGGGGCAGUAGCACUCCCACUUCCCUUUGAUUCCUGCUCCACCCACACUUUAAAUCAGGGGCAGGCAAAGUCUGGCCUGCAGUCUGGAUCUGGCUGGCAGUAGACUUCGUUUCCCAACAGCCCCUGCCUGUGUGGCUGGGGAUAGUUUCCAUGGAGACCCCAGCAGCAGCUGGUCUAUGAUAGCACUGGGUUGAAGUUUCCAUGGAGACCAGCCCUAGCAGCGGUGGCAGGCAGCAGCAGCUCCAUCCUCUUCCUGGAGUUGGGGCUAUGCUGUGAGCGGAAGUGGGGCAGGCUCAGCUGCCGCCACCUGUGCAAAGUGGGCAGCACUGGUAGCGCUGCUGGGAGGGGUGGCUAUGGCAGGUGGGGCUACAGGGAAUUUUGGGGUAACUAUGUCUGUUCUGGUUCUGGACGACACUGUCACCACUGCAAGGAGCCAGGGCAAAGCCGUGAUCUGCUGCCUGCACGUGUCUGCCCAGGGCAUGCAGGCUGCAGAUUGUGGCUUUGCCCUGGGUCUGGACCAUGCUGUCUCCACCGCAAGAUCCCAGCUGAGCUCUAGAGCAGCUCUGCACCCUGCCAGCACUGCUGGGCCAGUCUCCAUGGAAACCCUGGCCUCCCACUAUCACAGUGUGGCUCUUGCUGGCAUCUCCAUGGAAACCAGCCCCAAUCACGUGAGCAGGGGCUGCUGGGAAAUGGAAUCCGGCCACCGGCUGGAUCCACCAUUUUGCCCACCCCUGCUUUAAAUUGACUGCCCCUCAGCAAUAGUAAAAGUUUUUCUAUUCAAGCAGUGCUAAGUGGUGACAGGAGCAGUUGACUCCAUGGCUCAUUAUCAAUUCGUCUUCCUGAUUCCUGUUGAUGUCUUUGCCUGGCAUGGGUGUUAACAACCCUCUCCUCCUUGUAAUCAUUUUGAUGGUCCGCUAUACAAACUCUUUUCUUUUGCAAUGCUACAGUCCCUUAGUCCUUCCUGGUGAUGUCUCUCUUCUAUUUCCUAGCCCUGCUGACUGCUUUCAACUCUAGCUCAAAACUUUAACUCUGCUGGGGUAAUAUUAGCUCAGGUGCAGAAGUGACCGACAGUUCAGUAUUGGAGGCAGUGUCAAGGCACUUGAGAAGACUAGAUGUUUUGUGAAUCUGAAUGAGACACGUACAUUUAACUCUAAUGACUACUGGAUGAAUGACUGGGGGCUAUUGACCCAAUGCCUUUUGACUGUUUUGACCAUUUUUUGCCUAGCUUUUCAUUUCUUUUAAACACUUUUAAGCCAUAUAAUCUAGCAAGUUAGUGACCAUUACGAUAAAGUUGUAUUUGUGUUUGCAUUGAUGUUCAACUGAAUAAUAUAGUGCUAGGCCCCCCAGCAUAUUUAUAAAGCUUGUAGUGUCCCUUUAACUGGGGACAAUGAGUUAUGUUAUGAACUGAUAAUGCACCACACACCCUUUCUCAAAAUCCUACAUCUGCCCAUGAGCAUCCUCCCCCCACCCCCAACCUGAUUCUCCUGAGGCUAGAAGCAUGGAAAAUAAAAUGCAAUACUGCAUCUUGCCCACCUUAUUUUUUUCAGAGCACAAAUCCCAGCCCUAGAGGUGGGAUUGGCAGUGCCCACCCCAAAGAAGCCUUGUUUGUUUCAGCGUGAUGGCCAUUUUGUCAUGAUUUGGUGUAACAUGCAGGGACAAAUAGUAAAGUAAAUAUGUAGAAGAUGAAGAAACCCCUUUGCUGCUUGUUCUUAAAAAAGGAACUCGGUGAAAGCAGUGUUUUGCUAAAUGUGCUAUAGAAAGAUAUGGCUAAACUCACUGUAUUUAUCUGACCAGUUGUAGAACAAACAUUGAAAAACAAAAUUGAGCUUCUUUCUGAAGUAUGAGAUGUUUUUAAUUAGAAGGGCUUAGUUACAAGAAAUAAAGCUCCCCAUUGUUUCUACAUCAGGUCACAAAAAGAGAAGCCACCAGACUGUUUCAUCUUAUGACCCAUUUAGAUGCACUUUUUUGCAAACACUUUUGGGCUCUGUCCCUGUACUUGAAUCCAGGUGGGUGAACCUUUGCACAAGAUCACUGGGACUUCUGACUCUCUGCCUGUGUUCAGUUACUGGAUUGGGGAAUUGGCCAAGGAGGCCUGUGAACAGCCAUCAUUUCUCUUUUAUCCUUUCAUGUUACUCAUCCAUCAGCAAAGAAAAAAGGAACCAAAAACGUUUGGAGGCAAUCGCAUAAACGACUCAUGAACACAAAGAGGUAGUUAGUUGUGUUAGUCUGAAAUCAGAAGUUAGGGUAGAUGUGUACCGUUAUAGACUAACUAAAUACGAUAUAUAGCACAAGAUUUUGUGAACCCAAGUUCAAGUCAUCAGAUGCAGUGAAAGGACAGCAUAGAGCAAAGUAUGAAGGGGAGUGAAUGAUUAGAAUAGAAUAGGUGAGAAAGCAAGAGGGAGGGGCACAGGAAUGCUGAGAGAGGCAAACAAGCAAAGAACCCAUAGGAACAAAGGGGUUGUAAAAGCUAAUCUAGGUAAUGGGAUAAAAAUUGGUUGUUCCUGUUUAAACUAUACUUAACAUAGUCCAAUUUGUGUAUGAUUUGUUCUACAGUUUCCCAUUCAAACUCUAAAAAAAAUUUCUUCCUGAGAACAGCAGUCUUGGGGUCAGCAAUGAAACAUCCGGGGAGGCUGAAAUAUUCUGCCAUAAACUUGUGUGUCUUUCUGCAGCUGAUGUCAGAUUGGUUUUCAUUCAUUGUUACACGUUUUUUGUUCGUUCUGUCUGAUGUCGAGAGCAGAUGGGCAUUGUAAGCAGGUGUUGGCAGGUGUGGUGUUGGUCAAGCUGCACAUGAACGAACCUUGGAUGUUGUACGCCUUGUUAUUUGAUCCAGUGAUGUGGUUUGUGUUGAUGUGGGGACACAAGAAGCAUUUCAGUCCAAUGCAAGGCCUGGUGCCUCAGUGAGGAUGGGAGUUAGUCCAUCUGUAGGUGAGAGAUGCUGUUUGGGGGGGAGCUGUCUGUAAGCCAGGAUGGCUGUGUUCUCAAUGGCUACUUGAAACGGUCAUCCUUCUCCAGGUGGGGUUGGAGGUUAUUAAUGGUGUCUUGGAUGUUCAAACUGGGGGAUGUAGGUGGCAACCAGAGCCAUUCUGUUGUCCUUGUUCUGGGGUUGGUAUUGUAGCAGGUUGCAGAGAGGUCUGAAUUGUUGAUUUGAGUAGGCAGAGUUUUGGGAUUGUAUUGUAACUAGAAAUCCCUGCUCCAGAUGUUUAAGGUGUUCAUUUUUGUCAGCAGGAUCAGAGUAGAUCUGGUUAUAAUACAGAGUUUGGUCGUACACAGUGGAUCCAGUGGUAUGCUUAGGGUGAAAGCUGGUGGUGCGAACGUAGCAGUGGCAGUUGGUUGGUUUCCGAUACAGUGUGGUGGUGAUGUAGUAGUGUCUAGGACCGUGAUUCUCCACCAGGGUGUUGUGAGGUGUUUUCAAGUGUGCUGUGGAUUGUCACUCAGUGUUAUCCCUGCUAGGUAUGCAAACAUAAUUCCCAAGACAAACCCAGAGUUUUCAAACAAGACUCCAUCGUGUUAAGAACAUACUGCCUUUUUGGGGUCUUUCUGAGUUCUUUUCAACAGAAGAACUGUUCUGUUAUUUUUCUGUAGUCAAAAAAAAGAAUGAAAACUAGGAACUAGCAUUUUUCUGAAGGGUGCUUCAGGUCUAAUCAAGGUAUGUUUUAAAUCUGUUGAGGAGUGCCUUGAGUCUAAAAAGGUUGUGCCUUGAGUCCAAAAAACAGUGUUAGUUUGGUGGAGGGGUGGAACCUGUUAAAGUCUUGGUGAAAUUUAUUUAAUGUUUAUGAAGAUGUCAUUGAUGUAACUGAGGUAUAUCAGGAGGAUGAGAGGACAGCUUCAGAGGAAACGAGAAGAUAAUACUAGAAGAUAACAAAUAAACAUUACACAAAAUAAGCGGAAUGUUUAAACCUUUUUAAUCACCUGGUCUCCUCCAGUCCCCUUCUUUAUAUAAAAUCACAAGGAGUACUUUUUAACUGAGAAUCUUGUCUGUCAAAUUCUGAACCCUAUGACUAUUUUUAAAACCUGAUAAAUAUGGAAUGAAAUCAAAAUGCUUAUAUAACUUCAUAGUAUUACAUGUAUACUACUACAUUGUAUAAUGGUUAUGUAAAAUAAAGAUGGCCAAAAUAUUAUUCUGGCUUUGUUAUUCUCUUGGUACGUAAAUUUAAAAUCGUUUUAUUUUUUAACAGUUUACUGUCCAUUGAAAACUUGCAGCUUAUGUCCUUACAGUACAUUUACAGGAAGAUGAUGAUUAAAGAUUCCAUCCUCUAGUUCUCUGAAAGCAUCCUAUGAAGACUGGCUGAUGUCAUAUGGGCUGAGUGUCUCUCCUUUUCAUGUGCGAUGGCAAACGGGUCUCUUCAACCGUCAGUUCUACAACUGGGGACGAUGGAAGCCUAGAUUUCUUUAUCUAUGGUUCAGCAUAGGAAUGGUGUUUGGCAUAGCUGCCAUGUUUGGUUCUAUUAUUCUGCUUGGAAAGACAUUGAUACAGACAUUGACACAGAUGUUAAGCGAAGCCCCCACAGCCCAGAACGAUCGGAUGUUGCAAGUUGUGGUGCCUGGUGUAAAUCUGCCCGUCAGUCAGCUGACCUAUUUCUUCACUGCAAUCCUCAUCAGUGGUGUCAUACAUGAAGUUGGCCAUGGGGUGGCAGCUAUUCGAGAACAAGUACGGUUUAAUGGAUUUGGAAUUUUUAUCUUUAUUGUAUAUCCUGGAGCAUUUGUUGACCUCUUCACCACCCAUUUGCAACUUAUAUCUCCAGUCCAGCAGUUAAGAAUAUUUUGUGCAGGAGUCUGGCAUAAUUUUGUUCUUGGUGUGGCAGGUCUCGUAGUUCUGUUCCUGCUGCCAGCAAUUCUUUUCCCUUUUUACUACACGGGUGUUGGAGCACUUGUCACUGAGAUCACAGAGGAUUCUCCUGCCAAUGGACCAAGAGGACUUUUUGUAGGAGACCUUGUUACGAAUCUACAAGACUGCUCAGUUCAUAAUGUGGAAGACUGGAAUUCCUGCUUAGGAGAGCUCUCACAGAAGCCUCAAACAGGCUACUGCAUAAAUGCAGCAGUACUACAGCAAUUAAGCUUCCCAGCUAGAGUCUACAGAAGACUUGAUGGCACUGUUGAAUGCUGUAGUAACAACAGCCUCACAGAUAUUUGCUUUUCAUACAGCAAUAAUUUGAACAGCCACCAGUAUACCUGUUUGCCAGCACGAAAAGCUAUUGAGUCCAGCCAAGUUUGUCGAACCAACACAGAUUGCCAGAAGAACUUUGUUCCAAGUUUUUGUGUGAUACCUUCUGUAGAAAACCAAACAAAGUUAAUCAGGGUGAAGCAUCCACCUCAGGUUGACAUGCUGUUUGUAGGACACCCCAUGCAUCUUCAGUAUACAGUGAGCCUCAGCAGUUUUGUACCACGUCACAACUUUCUAAGCAUAGAUCUACCUGUGGUGAUAGAGACAUUUUGCAAAUAUCUAAUUUCACUCUCAGGGGCUUUGGCAGUUAUCAAUGCAGUACCGUGCUUUGCUUUGGAUGGCCAAUGGAUAUUAAACUCUUUUCUGGAAGCCACUCUUAGUUCACUGAUUGUAGAGAAACAAAACAGAGAGCUUGUUGGCUUUUUAAUUUUGCUUGCUGGCAGUGCACUUUUGGCUGCCAAUGUAGCACUGGGACUUUGGAUGGUGACAGCAAGAUAGUAUGUUGGAUAAAUUUCUGCAUUGGACCAUUUCCACAAAUUCUACAAGAAAAAAUAAUGAUUUUUUUUAUUGUCUUUUAAGACUUUUUUUGUAUGAGGGGGAAAUGAUUUUAUUUAAUUUAUUUUGGAAGAAGGAUUGAUGGUGAUUUGGAGAAAAGUCUGCAGAACCUUGUGAGUUUGAUCAUGGAAACACUGAAAGAAAAAAUAAGACCGCAUCCCUUUAACUGUAAUAUUGUGUUUAAAGCACUGUGAUCAUUUUAGAGAAAUUGCAUCAAAAAGAUUUACAAGAGAAAAACUAAAGCUUGAUUCCAAAAUGAGGGAAUUUGGCACUGAACUCUUGCACACUGGCAAGGGGAAAACAUAUUAGCUAUAUUUUAUCAUUUAAAUAAUUAUGGGACAGUCUCUGUCGGUUGAAUGAACAUAUUUCCGUGGUGGAAUUUUUGGUUAAUUUGUUGUUGUACCAGUUUGGCUCUCAAAAACUGAUGUCUGAGCUAAUUUUAAAUUAGUGAAAGUCUGUAUAAAUUAUAGCAACAUGUUAAUGAAGAGAAGGAGACACCAUAUGUUGUAGUACCAUUCCUUUCCAGCUGGCCUAUAAGUCUGAAAACAUGUUGUCCUUUCCAUGUAGAUGGAAAGCACCAAUGUCAGAUAUGUGGGAGGAUAACAAAAUCCACAUGUCUGUGUUCCUUAGUACUACUGAGAAUAUUUUAGAAAAUAAUAUUUUGUCUGUUGGCAACAGCCUGAAAAUAGCUUGAUGUUCUAGUCUUCUAGUGAGAAUCCUACUUACUGAAAUUAAGCCAUGUACAAUUAUUCAAAAGUGAUUGUAAAGUGUUGGGUUUUUUUUCCUGAUUCAUAUAAGGCCAAUAGCCUACACCAGAGUUGCAUCUUACUGGAUGUGUCUACAUGUUCAUUUGAUACAGAAGUAGUUCACUUGCAAGUAAAUGCUCCUGGGCAGGGGUCUACAUGUGCAGAGAAGCGGGAGCCGAUUUGUUGCUAAUAGCAGCAAACUGCUUCCACCUCAUGGGACCCUGCAGUGGGUCCCUGUUGCCACCAGGGGGAGCUCUAGGUUGCCCCUGGGUGCUAGCCCAGGAGUUGGCAGGGAGCGCCAGGCCAGGAGACACCUGUCUCCUGGCCGGGGCUAGGAUAAUGCACCCUUCACCCAGUGGCUAACUGCUGCAUAUCAGCUAUCGGAUCAGUAUCGGCCGAUAUGGCUGCUUAAUAAUCAGCCAUCAGUAUCGGUCAAAAAAAUCUUUAUUGGUGCACCCCUGAUUUCUGAACCAGGUAACCUAGCUUGUGUUCCACGAAUGUGUGGCCAGUCCCCAUAAAUAAGCUGCCCAAGUCUUAGUCAUCCAGCAUCCAGGGUACAGUGUCCCCUCGCCCCACCCUCUUGUUCUCUGUGGACAAACUUUCCACCUCCUGAACUCUACUGCCCAUGAGAUGGUACUGGACCAAACCAGCUCUUCCUCCUGCCUCUGGGUGUGACCUGGCUAGGCAGCUUGCAGGUGCACAGACCAGUUUGGAAGGGAGGGCUAUGGAGGAUCCAGGGGGAGAGCAAGGUAGGGAGAGAGAUCAGGGUCCCCAUAAGCUGGGCCUUCCUGGCAGGAGCAGGGACAGUGUCCCUGUGAGCUGGGACUACCCAAUCCCCAUCUCAGUUUAUUAAAACAUAAGGCUUUCUUUAAUUUACAUUUUAUUUCUUUUAAAAAAACAUUUAUUUUACGCUUUAGUGGCUUCAGCGGCUGAUGGACUUCAUUUUACCAUUCAGCCCCCAGCCACCAUUCCCACUCAUUGCCUUUUGACCUCCCACUUCACUACCAAGUCCCCUCAUUAAAUUCUCCCCCUUUCCAGCCUGAUGCUCCUACCCCCAGCAAUGCAACCCUCCAAAUUAUCCCCACCUAGAGGUGGGAUAGAAGCCUAUCCUGACUCUCAGCCCUCUAGCGGCAACUCCCAGCUGUAGCCCCUAGUCAGGCUGCUGCUCACCAGCCCUCUAGGCUAAGUACAGACAGUAAGAAAGCCUGAGGCUGAAUCAAUUCCGUCUUUGCAAGUUAGUCUAAACUGCAGAGAUUAAACUGAGAAACUAG